AUGGGGGGGACUGUGGGGGGUUUUGGAUGGUUGGGGGCGGCGGGUGGCCUGGUGAUUGGAAGCAUUGGGCCAGUGGCCGAGAGGUUGCUGGUUCGGGUCCUCGAGUCGACUGGGUGAGGGAUCUGUCGAUGUGCCUUUGAGCAGGGUGCUUGACCCUGGUUGCUCCUGUGGGUCGCUCUGGAUGAGAGAUUCUGCUAAAUGAUUAAAAUGCAAUGUAAAUGUUGAGCGGCUUCAUUGCAGGUGGAUUGUAUGAUUUAAAAUAACAUAGAAAAGCAAUGGAAAUGGAAUUUACACCUGCCCUGCAUUGCAUUAUCCAUUUGAUAGUUCCUCACAGUUGUGGAGGAGGUGUUGGAUUGAAGACAAAUCUCAGAAGUUGUACAGUAGCCUUAAUGCCCCCAGACUUUUAAAAGGAUCUCUGUGUCUAGAUCUUGUUGACAUGAGAACAUCAACCCACCCACUGUCUUUACUUUGCUUCUCUGAACUUUACUUUACCUGUAGUUACUGUCUCCUAAUUAACCUUCCUCUCUCUGUUGCAGGUACGGUGACAUGGUGCCCAAGACCAUCGUGGGGAAGAUAUUUGGAUCCAUCUGUUCUCUGAGCGGGGUGCUGGUCAUCGCCCUGCCCGUCCCCGUCAUUGUGUCCAACUUCAGCCGCAUCUACCACCAGAGCCAGCGGACAGAAAAACGACGAGCCCAAAAGGUACGCUAGACACACUGCCUGUCUGCCUGUGUUUGUGUGUGUCCUUUUCUGUCUCCCUCCCCGUCUCCCCUCCCUCCCUUCCUGUAGGGUGGGGCACAAUUGGCCCAGCAUCGUCCGGGUUUGGCCGAUGUAGGCCAUCAUUGUAAACAAUAAUUUGUUCUUAACUGACUUGCCUAGUUAAAUAAAGGUUUUAAAAAAUCCCCCUAUCUCCCUCCUUUUCUGUCUGUCAAUCUGCGUCUGUAGCUGUCAUUUUUCUGUCUGUUAGUCCGUCUGUGUCUGAGAGCAAACCAACACAGAGAGAAACAAACUUCUUGAGGCUUACAGAGGUGUGUUACCUUUGUUCAAACAGAAAACGCAAAUCGCCACAAUCCGUGCAUCGAAGAGCCGGGGCACUAAUGCGUACAUGCACUACAAUGGUCAUUUCCUUACCCACAACUCUCUGGAAGAGGUACUGUAACAGGACUGGCCGAUCGGCCAGUCACUCUGCUCAGGGUCAUGCCAUGUUGUGACCAGUGGGGUUGCUUAUGGCGUAACACCACGGGGGACUGCUAAUGACGUGACACCAGGGGCUGCUGCUAAUGCUGCUCUCAUUCCAGUGCUUCAAUAUAGUUGUCUUUGUCAUAUACUCUCUUAACAGCACCACUCACACCUGCCUCUCCGCUGCAGAUUUGACAUGCUCUCGCUCACAUUGACUCAUUGUAACCAAGCUGUGCAACCUAUGAUCAUAUCUGUCCAAUAGGUUGUAGGGUGAAGUUGCCUCUAGAGGCUAAUCUUCGGUCAGUUUUAAAACAUUUCCCCACCAAUGGUUAAAGGGGCAAUCAUCAGUAGCAACAAUAACAAAGCGUUUUCCCCACAAAAAGCUGAGGGAUGGGGCUGGAUAAAUGUAACCACUCUCAAAUUCAUAAACAUAGCUAUGAUAUCAAAAUUAUAGUUUUAACCAUGUUUUGAGGCUAUAUAGUGUUUUAACCAUGGUUUGAGGCUAUAUAGGGUUUGUUUACAAACAUUGGAGUGAAACCAGCUUAUAUUUUGGGAUCUGAUGGGGUACGACAUUUGACCUAAGCUCAUAAGGCAUUUAUAAGUUAUAUUCUUCAAGAAUCAAUGGGAAGAGAUCAUUAAUAUCUAAGUCCAAAAAUUGAUGUAGAAACUGCUGAUUGCCCUUUUAAGGUUCUGUGCAGUACCUAGGGGAAACUUAAUCCUGGAGCGUCCAACAGGGUUUGGAGGGGUAGGAUGGAAGGAAUCACAUAGGUUUUGCAGCCAAACACCUGGCUGCUUGUCAUUCAGCCUACACCUCCUCUGAACUCUGUUGUUUAAUUGGUGUAUUAUGUAUGUGUGUACUGGUAACCCAUCGGUUACUGGCUGUAAUGACAUCAUUUCAACCAGUUUUGCCCGCUGGUAAUCCAACAUCUGGUUGAUGGCUUUGCUGCUGCAGACUAACCUGUCCACCAUGAUGUCAUCUAAGAACCAUUGCAGGCUGGGCUUCUUCAUUUCAGCAGUGUGUGUUUUUUUACAGCUGGCCCAUGCCUAACAAUUCUCUGCUCAGAGCUCUUCCCUCAGUAAUGUUCUGUUUUAAUUCCUAUUCUCUUUCUGCCCUAAAGGCGUCCAAGGAAGCAGGUCAGAUCCUUGUGGGCAAACCCAACAUUCCCUUCGAGAGCCAUCACCACCACCUGCUGCACUGCCUGGAGAAGACCACAGUAAGAACACCUUCACCUCAGACUUACUCACCUCUAGCUGACCACAAACCAAGAAAACAGAAUGCUCUGAGACUGCCAGUGAGGCUAACCUAACCAAGGCCCACAAGCACUAUGUCUCACCUGCGUGUGACAGUGGGAAAAACACCUUUACCUCAAGACACAUUUACUUCAAGCUAAGCUAACUCAAGCUAGUCUAUUCCUAACAGGUAUGUGUAGACUGGCCACAAGUAGAGAAAGCAAUGCACUCUGAGAAUGCCAGCUAGCUAAUUUACCUCAAGCUAACUUACCCAACCAAGACCUUGGUGUAGUGUCUUACUCACUAAAACACAAGUUCUUAAAAUGAUUACUUUUCUACUAUUAUGGCCAUUGCAAUACCAAUGUUGUAGGUUCAAUUCCAACAGGGAUCAUAUACAAAAAAAAAAUACACUACUGUUCAAAAGUUUGGGGUCACUUAGAAAUGUCCUUGUUUUCGAUUUCCAUUAGAAUAACAUCAAAUUGAUCAGAAAUACAGUGUAGACAUUCUUAAUGUUGUAAAUGGCUAUUGUAGCUGGUAAAGGCUGAUCUAUAAUGGAAUAUCUACCUAGGCGUACAAAGGCCCAUUAUCAGUCCUGUGUUCCAAUGGCACUUUGUGUUUGCUAAUCCAAGUUUAUAAUUUUAAAAGGCUAAUUGAUCAUUAGAAAAUCCUUUUGCAAUUAUGUUAGCACAGCUGAAAACUGUUGUGCUGAUUAAAGAAGCAAUAAAGGCCUUCUUGAGACUAGUUGAGUAUCUGGAGCAUCAGCAAUAAUAAUAAUAAUAAUAAAAAUAAUAAUACGCCAUUUAGCAGACGCUUUUAUCCAAAGCGAUUUACAGUCAUGCGUGCAUACAUUAUUAUUUUUUUGUGUAUGGAUGGUCCCGGGAAUCGAACCCACUACCUUGGCGUUACAAGCGCCGUGCUCUACCAGCUGAGCUACAGAGGAGCAAUUGUGGGUUCGAUUACAGGCUCAAAAUGGCCAUUAACAAAGAACUUUCUUCUGAAACUCGUCAGUCUAUUCUUGUUCUGAGAAAUUAAGGCAAUUCCAUGCGAGAAAUUGCAAAGAAACUGAAGAUCUCAAUGUCAACAGUGAAGAGGCGACUCCGGGAUGCUGACCUUCUAGGCAGAGUUGCAAAGAAAAAGCCAUAUCUCAGACUGCCCAUCUUAAUCUUUUCUUUUUAUUGGCCAGUCUGAGAUAUGGCUUUUUCUUUGCAACUCUGCCUAGAAGGUCAGCAUCCCGGAGUCGCCUCUUCACUGUCGACGUUGAGACUGGUGUUUUGCGGGUACUAUUUAAUGAAGCUGCCAGUUGAGGACCUGUGAGGUGUCUGUUUCUCAAACUAGACACUCAAAUGUAUUUGUCCUCCUGCUCAGUUGUGCACCGGGGCCUCCCACUCCUCUUUAUAUUCUGGUUAGAGCCAGGACUGAUGGUUGCUGAUAAUGGGCCUAUGUAGAUAUUCCAUAAAAAAGUCAGCCAUUUCCAGCUACAAUAGCCAUUUAAAACAUUAACAACUGUAUUUCUGAUCAAUAUGAUGUUAUUCUAAUGGACAACAAAAUUGCUUUUCUUUCGAAAACAAGGACAUUUCUAAGUGACCCCAAACUUUUGAACGGUAGUGUAAUUUACUUACCAGGGAGAGGGGACGCAACGAAGAAACAAAUGCAUUUAAAGAUUGAAAACAAUGAUUCAUUAGAUGUAGAAGAGAUCCAUGCAAGGAAUAGAACAAAAGUGAGAUUAUACUGUAAUGGAAAUUAUUAUUUAAAAUGUUUCAAUAAAGCGUGACGCACUGAGCACCAGAAUCAAACAUUUGCUGAUGUUUUUUGAUGAAAUGCUACAUAUGCUUGUACAUAGAACCCAACCAUGCAUGCUGUAAUGCGAUUUCUAUGAUAAAAUGAGACGUUUGCUUUGCAUCAUGCAUGCGGUAAUAUGAAGCGAAAGGGACACGUGUCCAAGAGUGUGUGACCCAACGCCGGCCUGCUGAGUGCCUCGCAUUGUUACAUAUGAGAGGUGUAAUAAUGAAUGACUGCCACCGCUACAUGCAUGAGUGUAACUGGAUACUCUCCCACUAAUGUAGCUAUUGAUAGCUCUGGUAAAAUAACUAUUGAGCUGAGGGGAUGGCUAAUUGAUUGGGCCUAACAAUAAGGUGUAAGCAGCGCAUGACCAGCGACCAGUUGCUGGAGAGUGAGGGUGGAAUUAUACCUAGUGUGACUGCUGUGGUUGCAGCUCCAGUUCUGAAUGAGUGACCAGUGUUGAGUUGAGGUGAAAGAUAACACCUUUAUAUUACUUGAGAAAACAGAGAAGUGAAACAGAAUUUGGAUGAGGGUUGAAGAGGAGGGAUGAGAAGAGAAUGAUGAGGAGCAGAGCGGGGUUGAGCAUGAAUAAAUAUUAGCAUUAGACAGGAUUGAGUGUAAGUGUGAGCACUUAGGAUAGUACCCCAGGAACCCGAUAUAGGAUGCGUAAGAGUGAGGCUGUAAUGAUUUGGGUGAAAAGACCAGAUCAGAAAAAUCUAAAUCCCAUGAAGGAAUAAAAGUGAUGGAAGGAGUUGUGAACUCACCAUUAGAAGGAAACCAUGGAAAACCGGUAAGAAGACAGUGUAUGUAAACUUCCGACUUCAACUGUGUACAGUGGGGAAAAAAAGUAUUUAGUCAGCCACCAAUUGUGCAAGUUCUCCCACUUAAAAAGAUGAGAGAGGCUUGUAAUUUUCAUCAUAGGUACACGUCAACUAUGACAGACAAAAUGAGAAAAAAAUAUCCAGAAAAUCACAUUGUAGGAUUUUUUAUGAAUUUAUUUGCAUAUUAUGGUGGAAAAUAAGUAUUUGGUCAAUAACAAAAGUUUAUCAAUACUUUGUUAUAUACCCUUUGUUGGCAAUGACACAGGUCAAACGUUUUCUGUCAGACUUCACAAGGUUUUCACACACUGUUGCUGGUAUUUUGGCCCAUUCCUCCAUGCAGAUCUCCUCUAGAGCAGUGAUGUUUUGGGGCUGUCGCUGGGCAACACGGACUUUCAACUCCCUCCCAAGAUUUUCUAUGGGGUUGAGAUCUGGAGACUGGCUAGGCCACUCCAGGACCUUGAAAUGCUUCUUACGAAGCCACUCCUUCGUUGCCCGGGCGGUGUGUUUGGGAUCAUUGUCAUGCUGAAAGACCCAGCCACGUUUCAUCUUCAAUGCCCUUGCUGAUGGAAGGAGGUUUUCACUCAAAAUCUCAUGAUACAUGGCCCCAUUCAAUCUUUCCUUUACAUGGAUCAGUCGUCCUGGUCCCUUUGCAGAAAAACAGCCCCAAAGCAUGAUGUUUCCACCCCCAUGCUUCACAGUAGGUAUGGUGUUCUUUGGAUGCAACUCAGCAUUCUUUGUCCUCCAAACACGACGAGUUGAGUUUUUACCAAAAUGUUCUAUUUUGGUUUCAUCUGACCAUAUGACUUUCUCCCAAUCCUCUUCUGGAUCAUCCAAAUGCACUCUAGCAAACUUCAGACAGGCCUGGACAUGUACUGGCUUAAGCAGGGGGACACAUCUGGCACUGCAGGAUUUGAGUCCCUGGCGGCGUAGUGUGUUACUGAUGGUAGGCUUUGUUACUUUGGUCCCAGCUCUCUGCAGGUCAUUCACUAGGUCCCCCCAUGUGGUUCUGGGAUUUUUGCUCACCGUUCUUGUGAUCAUUUUGACCCCAUGGGUGAGAUCUUGCGUGGAGCCCCAGAUCGAGGGAGAUUAUCAGUGGUCUUGUAUGUCUUCCAUUUCCUAAUAAUUGCUCCCACAGUUGAUUUCUUCAAACCAAGCUGCUUACCUAUUGCAGAUUCAGUCUUUCCAGCCUGGUGCAGGUCUACAAUUUUGUUUCUGGUGUCCUUUGACAGCUCUUUGGUCUUGGCCAUAGUGGAGUUUGGAGUGUGACUGUUUGAGGUUGUGGACAGGUGUCUUUUAUACUGAUAACAAGUUCAAACAGGUGCCAUUAAUACAGGUAACGAGUGGAGGACAGAGGAGCCUCUUAAAGAAGAAGUUACAGGUCUGUGAGAGCCAGAAAUCUUGCUUGUUUGUAGGUGACCAAAUACUUAUUUUCCACCAUAAUUUGCAAAUAAAUUCAUAAAAAAUCCUACAAUGUGAUUUUCUGGAAAAAAAAUUCUCAAUCUGUCUGUCAUAGUUGACGUGUAACUAUGAUGAAAAUUACAGGCCACUCUCAUCUUUUUAAGUGGGAGAACUUGCACAAUUGGUGGCUGACUAAAUACUUUUUCCCCCACUGUAUAUAUAUAUAUAUAUAUAUAUAUAUAUAUAUAUAUAUACAGUUGAAGUCAGAAGUUUACAUACACCUUAGCCAAAUACAUUUAAACUCAGUUUUCCACAAUUCCUAACAUUUAAUCCUAGUUAAUAUUCCCUGAUGUAGAAGAGAUAUUAAGAGUUAAUAUUCCCUUUCUUAGGUCAGUUAGGAUCACCACUUUAUUUUAAGAAUGUGAAAUGUCAGAAUAAUAGUAGAGAGAAUGAUUUAUUUCAGCUUUCAUUUCUUUCGUCACAUUCCCAGUAGGCCAGAAGUUUACAUACACUCAAUUAGUAUUUGGUAGCAUUGCCUUUAAAUUGUUUAACUUGGGUCAAACGUUUCGGGUAGCCUUCCACAAGCUUCCCACAAUAAGUUGGGUGAAUUUUGGACCAUUCCUCCUGACAGAGCUGGUGUAACUGAGUCAGGUUUGUAGGCCUCCUUGCUCGCACACGCUUUUUCAGUUACAUUUACAUUUACGUCAUUUAGCAGACGCUCUUAUCCAGAGCGACUUACAAAUAGGUGCAUUCACCUUAUAGCCAGUGGGAUAACCACUUUACAAUGUUUUUUUUGUUUUUUUGCCCACAAAUGUUCUAUAGCAUUGAGGUCAGGGCUUUGUGAUGGCCACUCCAAUACCUUGACUUUGUUGUCCUUAAGCCAUUUUGCCACAACUUUGGAAGUAUGCUUGGGGUCAUUGUCCAUUUUGAGACCCAUUUGCGACCAGGCUUUAACUUCCUGACUGAUGUCAUGAGAUGUUGCUUCAAUAUAUCCACAUAAUUUUCUAUUUUGUGAAGUGCACCAGUCCCUCAUGCAGCACAGCUCCCCCACAGCAUGAUGCUGCCACCCCCGUGCUUCACGGUUGGGAUGGUGUUCUUCGGCUUGCAAGCGUUCCCCUUUUUCCUCUAAACAUAACGAUGGUCAUUAUGCCCAAACAGUUAUAUAUAUUUUUUCAUCAGACCAGAGGACAUUUCUCCAAAAAGUACGAUCUUUGUCCCCAUGUGCAGUUGCAAACCGUAGCCUGGCUUUUUUAUGGCGGUUUUGGAGCAGUGGCUUCUUCCUUGCUGAGCAGCCUUUCAGGUUAUGUCGAUAUAGGACUUGUUUUACUGUGGAUAUAGAUACUUUUGUACCCGUUUCCUCCAGCAUCUUCACAAGGUCCUUUGCUGUUGUUCUGGGAUUGAUUUUCACUUUUCGCACCAAAGUACGUUCAUCUCUAGGAGACAGAACGCGUCUCCUUCCUGAGCGGUAUGACGGCUGUGUGGUCCCAUGGUGUUUAUACCUACUGGAAUUGUGAUACAGUGAAUUAUAAGUGAAAUAAUCUGUCUGUAAACAUUUGUUGGAAAAAUGACUUGUGUCAUGCACAAAGUAGAUGUCCUAACCGACUUGCCAAAACUAUAGUUUGUUAACAACAAAUUUGUGGAGUGGUUGAGAAACGAGUUUUAAUUACUCCAACCUAAGUGUAUGUAAACUUCCGACUUCAACUGUAGCUAGCUAGACUAUCUUACCCGUAUACUUGGAUGGACGCUUCUCCCUCUCUGUCACGGAUGCCAUGGUUGCCCUUAGCUUGAAGAUGUAAUCCGGAGACAGGUGUUUUCUCUAUCUCCUUAGCUAUCAUACUCUAAUUCAUGUCCAGCUCACUCAUUAUCUCAGCCAAUCAUGGCUAGCUGUCUUUUUCUGUGGCUAAACCAACUAGGCUCGUAUUUACAGAUUGCAUACAAGUUUGUUAUUAAGGCACACGAAAGUUUGAAUGUUCCUGAAGGCAUUUAUUUAAAAAAGGUUUGCGUUCAAAUGGCUCACCUGUGAAGUAGUGACGCACGACAUACGCCUAGUUUCCUGAAGCGAGUCACAUAUGUAAAAUUGUAUUUGUAUUCGUGGAUUAAUUUUGAUUGCGGAUUUUUCAUAAUCGAAAACCUCCAUGAAGGGCAUUGGGUAGAGGUAAAUUAAUCUAGGAAUACGAAUAGAAUUUGACAUAUUUUAAAUGACCCCAUUUUCAUAAAUUUGAUUAUAAGAUUGGCACACAUUCAAAAACAGUCUGUUUUCAAUAGGGGAGACUUUCAUGGGGUUUGACUGCCAAAAACCCAAUGAAUCGUUGUACCUGGGUUUCAAAAGGAAGUAGUAUGGCAGAGUUUUUAAAUCGCUUUCAUUUGAUUGGUCAUUUUCAACCAUCACACCCUCACUUCGUGUUUUCUUCAUUUGAUUGGAUUAUUAUUAUUUACCUUUCAAUCACUAUGCCCUCCCUUCUAUUAAUAGCAAGCGAAGAUGGGAAUGAUCUCUAUAGUGUCUUCACAUGAAUGUAUCCCCAAACAAGGAUCUCACCGUUGUACCGCUGACAGAACAACACAAAGGUAGACAUGCUGGGAGAGGUUACACGCACUGAUCAGAGUAGAAGUUUCCGCUCGUGUGUACUUGCAAAGUACUUUGCCACUGACAGACAGACGGGCCUACCACGCAUUCAACCAGAUGCAGAGCUAACACCAGGCAUAGUAACACAGUUGUUCUCUUGUGAUGUGCUUGUUGGUCCAGCACAUGAACACACAUGCAUGUCUCAUGUCGUGACUCGUGUAAAUUGGUUCCAUUCAAAUAAACAUCACUUCAUGUUGAGGUUUGGGGCAAGGUGUUGGAAUCUGUAUCAGAGGCACAGUUUAUUCCAUUUCAGAAAAUGAUGAAGCGCUCUGCAUGUUGCCUGUAUAAAGUGCAGUUUGCGAGGACUACAGAGACAAUAACUGUGGUAGUACCAGUGUCAAGCAGGGCUGCUUUUUAGGCAUUGGGCUACUUGGGAGGUGAACAUAUGAGAAAUCAAGGGGCCUAGCAUUGGAAAUUUGAGAGAGAACUGUUUAUUUCUUAAAUUAUAUCAAUCAAAAACACCUGAUUAUUCAUCAUUGGUUGUGUAUAUUUUAUAAAGUGUAUCAUACUUUUUAUGUUUUGUUAUCCAGUUUUUAUAUGGAACUGCAUUGUACUGUGAAACUGCUUGAGGUGUUAAAAUCAAACUUGACAACCUGCCUUUUUAGCUUAGCCUAUAGAUGAAGCCUUUGUUUCAUGUUGUUUGAUUAAUCUAUUUUAUUGCCAUGUUUUAUUGCCUUUCAUUUUAUUGUUUUAAGUGGGCAGCUAUUUUAAAUGCACUUCAAAUAAAGUUUGAUAUUGGAUCUUAAAUUGAUGACAUGAAAGAGUUGAAUGAAUAUAGACUCCAAUAACUAUAGUAUAUAUCUUAUUAAGAUGUUUUAAAAAGUGAUGAACUCCCAAAGAAUUGUGAUAGGCCUACUAAAUAUAUGUUUGGAGUAGAUUGACUGCUGAGCUGAACUGGGGAUAAGAAUGAGGACAAUCAAUGGACAAGGUGUUAAAGGUCCAAUGCAGCUGUUUUUAUCUAAUAAUAAUAAUAAUAAUAAUAUGCCAUUUAGCAGACGCUUUUAUCCAAAGCGACUUACAGUCAUGUGUGCAUACAUUUUUGUGUAUGGGUGGUCCCGGGGAUCGAACCCACUACCUUGGCGUUACAAGCGCCGUGCUCUACCAGCUGAGCUACAGAGGACCACUAUCUCAAUAUCAAAUAAUUUCUGGGUAACAAUUAAGUACCGUACUGUGAUUGUUUUGAAUUAGUUAAAAUGGUAAAGAAAAAAAAGAAAAAAAUCUUAGCAAAGGGCAAUUUCUCAAGCAUAUAAGGCCCUCCCUCGUCCCCCCUUCGGCAAAUCAGAUCAUUACUCUUCUUCUUCUUCAAUGAGGUUUAACGGCGGUUGGCUUCCAAUUUGUUGCAUUACCACCACCUACUAGACUGGAGUACAACUCCCUUAUAUUUUGAUUGAAAAAUAAAAUAAAGAAAUACCCUAUCAUCUAAAACUACACUCACAAAUUCAAAAAUAUUAUUAAUAAUUAACACCACCCUACUCCCUAUUUAAAUAUAUUCAUUCCUAUCUCAUGCCCUCAACCUGAAAUGAUGGGACAUCACCACUUAACACUCCCUGUAACUCUUCUGAUGUCAAGUCUCACACACCCAAAUACCUCUCUGCAGCUGCCACCACAACCUCAAUUUUCUUCGACUUACGUUCCAUCCCUGCAGUACAAUUAAUAACCAUUUCUAUAAAUGCUAAAAAUCCAAUCUUACUGAAACAUAUAUCACUUGUUGGCUCUGUACUGGUACAUAUCUACUACUCUCACCACUCCUCCCCCUUGACCCAUCUUCUUCUACUGUCUUCACUGCCUCAGCAUAUGACAACUUCUUCACUACUGUUACCCUGGAAACCUUAACCUGCCUCUCUCGCACGGGACAUUUCUGAUCCCCAGCCCCAUGGGCACCCCUACAAUUAGCACAUACCACUACUUUCCCCAAAGCUACACAUUCCUUUGUCUCAUGCCCUUCUGCACACUUCUCACACCUUAGAACCUCCCUCCUACACACUGCUGCCACAUGCCCAUAUGUUUGACACCUGUAACAUCGUAAUGUAUUCGGCACAUAAGCUCGUACAGGAUAGCUUAUAUAUCCUAACUACACUUUGUCAGGCAAAGACUCAACUUCAAAACUCAAAAGAACAGACAAUGACUCUUCUGUUUCCCCACUCUCGCCACCCUGUUUGCGUCGCACCAAAUGACGAGCAUCACAAACACCGGGAAUCUUUCCCUUCAGUUGGUCCACUUUCACAUUUACCGCUAUCCCAGUAAUCACUCCUUUCAAUGGCGCCCUUUUCUUGAGAGCAAAACAAUUCACAAUUCUUUCCCCCAUUUGUUUAACUCUGAGCGCCUUCUCCCUCUGACCAACAGAAACAUAAACAAUUAUCACUAGACCACUUCUGGUUACCCUCACCGAUUCCACUAUAACCAACGCUUUUAUCACCUAUCCUGAAACCACAAAUGGAUCAGAAAAAAGGCCAGGGUCCACUUUUUCCAAAAACUAUUGUCACAGACUAAUCUUUAUCCUGAUCCUCUGUGCAAGCCUCGGGCUCCGAGUACUUCAACACACCUACCACCUCCGAUACUUCACCCUCAUUCACUUCCAUUUCUCCUCGUGUCUUCAGCUCACUUUGCUUACAUUUUCUACCAUUCUUCUUUAACAAACCACCUCCCUUUUUCCGCCAUUUUUUACUGACUCAAGCUCACAGUCUUCCUCCCUCUCUCUCUUAGACCUCCUCUGCCUCUCUUUUUAACUCCAUUCUUCCUCCAUCAUCCAAGUAUACAUCUCCUUAUGUUAAUACUGCACUUCUCCUAACAUACAUCUGUUUCUUGCUUUCUCAAGGGACGCCAUUUACGAGGCUCCCGAAGUCCUCUUAUCUGUUUUCUCUAUAUGCGUCUGUCUGUGCCUGGCUGUAGAAAUAACCUACUGAUCAUGACUCUACUCCUGCUUCCUGUUUACAAACAAAAGCUCAAACAGGAAGUACCCGCGACAAGCUCUGCUGCAGGACUGCUUUGCUAGUGCUGACUGGAAUAUGUUCCGGGACUCCGCCGAUAGCAUUGACAAGCUAACCACCUCCGUCACCGGCUUCAUCAGGAAAUGAAUCACCGAUGUCGUCCCCACAGUGAAGGUUUGCUGCUUUCCCAAUCAAAACCCCUGGAGCCCUUAACACUGAGGUGCGCGCUAAGCUAAAGGACAGAGUUACCGCUCCCAACCCCAAGGCUAUGGCUGAGGACACGAACGCGUACAAGAAGUCCCGUUAUGACCUCCACAGAGCCAUCAAACAGGAAAAAGGACAAUAUUGGAACAAGGUGGAAUCAUAUUAUCCCGUCUCCGACGCUCGACGCAUAUAGUGGCCAAUCCUCAAAAAGGGCUUUAGUUUUUGAGAUGCCCCCACCCGAGGUAGAGCAAAACACAACCAUGUUUUUUCACAUCUCUAAUGUCUCCCAUUUUAUUAAAUUGGUGUUGUUUUUUACUGCAGAAAUGUUUGAAUUGAUAGAUAUUGUGACACACCCCCUAAACUCAAAACGUGCAGAAUAAUGCCUGGCUGGAGGAAGGAUGGGCCACAUAAGCUCAUGUAACCCAAUAUUGCAAGCUCUGAUAUUGCUGAAAUUUAGAAUACAAGUAGUCCGUUGUCUGCACUACAUACACAAACAGCAUUAGGAUAUUGUAAUCCAUCUUGGAAAUAUAGAUCUGUAAACACAGAGAUACAAUAGGCAGAAAUAUCAACUAUAACUAUUUCAGAUGAAUGUAAGCUUUACUUUUUGGUAGCUGAUUAAUAAACAACUUUCCAAGUGAAAUUUGCUCUCAUUUAGUGCUGUAUGGUCCUGCCCGACAAAAAUACAUAGUUACACAUGUUUUUUGAUGUUGUAGCUGUUGUAAUCUAAUCGUCUCUAAGGAAAACAAGUGGUCUUCUUGCAGCAUCUUGCAAUUACGUUAGGGCAUGACCUUCUGCUGGCUCACUUUAUUUGUGAUGCGCAUUGGGAUGUUCCAGUGCACAUUGGGAUGUUACAGUGCACUGCACUCUUAUGGUGUUUGGGUUGAGCUGGCACAUUUAUAAAAAAUAAUGUUCACCAUCCUGGCUGUCUGCCCUGGAGUUUCUGUAUAUGUUGACUUGGUGGCAUUAUGGUGUAUGGGGUGGAUGCAACACCACAUGAUGACAAGCGCUUAAGGCAAGUGUUCACUACAAUAAACCACUACUGCCCCAGAACUACAACCACUACUGGCUACUUUGUCUCCUCACCCUGUUAGGACACACUCAUGUCUUGGUCACCUAAAAGAUUUUCAAUCAACCUUGCACACUUAGUUUUAGUGGGGAAAAGAGGGGAAAUGUUAGAGCUGUACAUAUACACUACUGGAGUAGUUUACUGUUGUAUUACAGGUUGUGUUCCUUUAACUUGGUUACGCUACUAUGUGCUUGUGUUGUGAAAAACAUGAACACACAUUGAAAAGCCAGUUGGCUUCAGCUAUUCAAACACAACAGAAGCAUGGCAGUGCCACUCAUAGUCCUAGUUAUACCAAGAGCUGUAUGAAACCCUUUUAAAGACAGAAUAACACAAUACAAAAUAAACCAGGGCAAUGUAUAUGCUGACGAAGGUGUUUGAGUGGAGAUGGUCAAAAACUUCAAGUUCCUCGGUGUCCACAUCACUGAGGACUUAUCAUGGUCCUCUCACAGCAGCACAGUUGUGAAGAAGGCACGGCAGUGCCCCUUCUCCAUCAGUAGGCUGAAAUGAUGUGGCAUGGCCCCUCAGAUUCUUAGGUACUUUUACAGCUGCACCAUUGAAAGAAUCCUGAUUGGUUUUAUCACCAUCUGGUAUUGCAACUGCUCUGCGCUCGACUGGAAGGCCCUACAGAAGGUAUGGCCCAGGUCAUCCCUGGGGGUGAGCUCCCUUGCCAUCCAGAACGUACAUGCCAGGCGGUGUCUGAGAAAGGGCCGAAAAAUUGCCAUAGACUCCAGCCAUCCGAGACAUGGACUGUUCUCCAUGCUCACGUCGGGCAGGCGGUACCGGUGCACCAAAGCUCAGACCAACAGACUCCUAAGCAGCUUCUAUCCCCUGGCCAUAAGACUGUUAAAUGGCUAACAACUACUGCUCCCCCUACACAUACACUCACACUAACACCCACUCACACACAUACCACGCACACACCAGUGGUGGAAAAAGUACCCAAUUGUCAUACUUGAGUAAAAGUAAUGAUACCUUAAUAGAAAAUUACUCAAGUAAAAGUGAAGGUCACCGAGUAAAAUACUACUUGAGUAAAAGUCUAAAAGUAUUGGGUUUUAAAUAUACUUAAGUAUCAAAAGAUUUCCUUAUAUUAAGCAAACCAGACGGCACCAACACUUAGACAUAAUUUACAAAUGAAGCAGUUGUGUUUAGUGAGUCCGCUAGAUCAGAGGCAGUAGGGAUGACCAGGGAUGUUCUGUCCUGCUAAACAUUCAAAAUGUAACGAGUACUUUUGAGUGUCACGUAAAAUGUAUGGAGUAAAAAGUAAAUUAUUUUCUUUAGGAAUGUAGUGAAGUAAAAGUAAAAGUUGUCAAAAAUAUAAAUAGUAAAGUAAAAUACAGAUACAAAAACAAUCUACUUACGUAGUACUUUAAAGUAUUUUUACUUAAGUACUUUACACCACUACUUUACACCACUGCACACACCCGCCCACCACUUAUGCUGCUGCCAUACUGUUUACUAUUGUUAUUAUUUAUCCUGCUACCAGUCGCUUUCUCCUAAUCCCUACCUACAUGUACAUAUCUACCUCAAAUACUCCAGUAUCCUUGCACAUUAUAUAUUUGGUACUGGCACUGACCCGCUCUUAUUUCUAUUUCUCAUGUUUUGUUUUUGUUUUUUAGGGAUACUAUUUUCAUAUUGAAUACUGCACUGUUGGGUAGGGCUUGCAAGUUAAGCAUUUCACUAUACACAAACAUGAUUUUCUAAAUGUCACAGUAUUAUUCCAAGUGUGGAAAAAUACACUGAUUGUACAAAAUAUUAGGAACACCUUUCCAUGACAGACUAACCAGGUGAAUCUAGGUGAAAGCUAUGGUCCCUUAUUGAUGUCACUUGUUAAAUCCACUUAAAUCAGUGUAGAUGAAGGGGAGGAGACAAGUUAAAGAAGGAUUUUAAGACUUGAGACAAUUGAGACAUAAAUUGUGUGUGUGCCAUUCAGAGGGUGAAUGGGCAAGACAAAAUAUUUAAGCGGGGUAUGGUAGUAGGUGCCAGGCGCACCGGUUUGAGUGUGUCAAGAACUGCAACGCUGCUGGGUUUUUCACACUCAACAGUUUCCCGUGUGUAUCAAGAAUGGUCCACCACCCAAUGGACAUCCAGCCAACUUGACACAACUGUGGAAAGCAUUGGAGUCAACAUGGGCCAGCAUCUCUGUGGAACGCUUUCGACACCUUUUAGAGUCCAUGCCCUGACGAAUUGAGGCUGUUUUGAGGGCAAAAGGGGGUGCAACUCAAUAUUCACGUGUUUGACUGCACUGGGCCUUUAAGAGCUAUUAGAAUGUGUAAAGAUCCAUGUCCUUCCAGAGCUGACUGAUCAAGACUGGUUAAGCUCUGUUUUUAUAACGACUGGUCAAUACUAAGCUUCUACUUAUCAUUAAAGACAUUUUGACACACAUUUACACACUCGGAAACAGGCCAUUUUACACAGUGGUAUUCACUGUACAGUAAGUCCCUUUUAUAAAAGUAUCUGCAAAGUGGCAUAUAUUGUUAUCAUCCUUGUCACUUUGAGGAGCAAAAAUUUAACUGCCUGGUUACAGCUCCUGUAUUGUACCUAAAUGGGUCUACAGAAGCUCUCUUAGGUCUCCAUCCAUCUCAAUGCCUUUGGCAUGGAUUUCAUGUAAGAGCAGAAAUAGCUACAAAUGGAUCUGGGGCAUAAGCUACCACCCCCAGCAUGCCAAAGAUAACAUGCAGGUAGCCUAGCGGUUAAGAGCGUUGGGCCAGUAACCGAAAGGUUGCUGGUUCGACUCCCCGAGCUGGCAAGGUAGAAGAAUCUGCCAUUCUGCCCUUGAGCAAGUCAGUUAACCCCCAACAAUAACUGCUCCCCAGGUGCUGACAACGUUGAUUAAGGCAGUCCCCCGCACCUCUGAUUAAGAGGGGUUGGGUUAAAUGCAGAAGACCAUUUUGGUUUAAUGCAUUCAGAUGUGCAACUGACAACCAUACUUCAUUUUAUGGUAUUUAUAAUUCAGAGAUACAAAAAGCCUCUGUUAGCCAUGACAGACAGUGGUUUACACAUACUGUUAAAAGUCUGUCUAGAGAUGCUCGCGCACACACACAUUACAGGCCUGGCUGUUAAUCAGUGUUUCUAAGAGACUAUCCUCUCUUUCGCUCUCUCUUAAUUUGUGUAUUUUUUUCGCUCUCUCUUAAUUCGCUCUCUCCUUCCUCUUUCUCUCUCAGUAAAAGGCUGCAUAGGGAAAUCCCCAUUUAAAAUCCUCCAUGUUGUUGCACACUCCCUGCCAUGGAUUGGAUUAGUGUAAGCAUUGGCUGGAUGGACUUUCCACCAUUGUUAAAUCCAUGAUGGGGAAUGUGCAAGUGCACACUUCAGGAGAAGGGUGGAGAAUCGAGAUGGAGCCCUUGACUCUAUACCUGGCGCCGACGAAGAUGGCGGCCUCGCGACUAGCUCUUAGGAAACUUUGCAGUAUUUUGUUUUUUAUGUAUUAUUAUUAGCUCAGAAAGUGUUUUGCAUCAUUACAUACAGCUGGGAAAAGCUAUUGGAUAUAAGAGCGGCGGUAACUCACCAGCAUUACGACCAGGAAUACGACUUUCCCUAAGCAGAUCCUUUGUUUGCUCUCCCCAGGGCAACUGAACUGAUUACAGCGGCUGACCCAAAACAUCGCCGGCGGAGUCGAGGCACUCGGAGCGGCCUGCUGGUUCAACUUAGGAGGUGCACACACCACCCACCGCUUCCAAGUAUUCUACUCGCUAAUGUUCAGUCUUUGGUUAACAAGCUCGAUGAACUACGGGCAAGGAUUUCCUACCAGAGAGACAUCAAGGCCUGUAACAUCCUCUGUUUCACGGAAACAUGGCUCUCUUGGGAUAUUCUGUCGGAAGAGGUCCAGCCAGAUGGGUUCUCAGUUCAUCGUGCAGACAGGAAUAAAUAUCUCUCCGGGAAGCAGCAGGGCGGAGGUGUGUGUUUCAUGAUUAACGACUCAUGGUGUAAUUGUAGUAACAUAGAGGAACUCAAGUCCUUCUGUUCACCUGACCUAGAGUAUCUCACAAUCAAAUGCCGACCGUAUUAUCUCCCAAGAUAAUUUUAUUUGGUUAUAGUCAUGGCCGUGUAUAUCCCCCCUCAAGCCGAUAUCACGACGGCCCUCAAAGAAUUUCACUGGACCCUAUGCAAACUGGAAACCACAUAUCCUGAGGCUGCAUUUAUUGUAGCCGGGGAUUUUAACAAAGCAAAUUUGAGGACUAGGCUGCCAAAGUUCUAUCAACAUAUCGACUGUUGUACUCGCGCUGCUAAAAUCCUCAACCAUUGCUAUUCGAACUUCCGGGAUGGUUAUAAGACCCUCCCCCGCCCUCCUUUCGGCAAAUCUGACCACGACUCCAUUUUGCUCCUCCCUUCCUAUAGGCAGAAACUCAAACAGGAAGCACCCAUGCUAAGGACUAUUCAACGCUGGUCUGACCAAUCGGAAUCCACGCUUCAAGAUUGUUUUGAGCAUGCGGACUGGGAUAUGUUCCGGGUAGCUUCCGGAAAUAAUUUAAACGAAUACACUGAAACUGUGACUGAGUGACUGAGUUUAUCAGGAAGUGUAUAGGUGAUGUUGUGCCCACUGUGACUAUUAAAACCUACCCUAACCAGAUACCGUGGAUAGAUGGCAGCAUUCGUGCAAAUCUGAAAGCGCAAACCACCGCAUUCAACCAUGGCAAGGUGACUGGGAAUAUGGCAGAAUACAAACAGUGUAGCUACUCACGCAGCAAGGCAAUUAAACUGGCAAAACAUCAGUAUAGAGACAAAGUGGAGUCGCAAUUCAACGGCUCAGACACGAGACGUAUGUGGCAGGGUCUACAGACAGUCACGGACUACAAAAGGAAAACCAGCCACGUCGCCGACACCGACGUCUCGCUUCCAGACAAGCUAAACACCUUCUUCGCCCGCUUUGAGGAUAACACAGUGCCACUGACGAGGCCCACUACCAAGGACUGUGGCCUCUCCUUCUCCAUGGCCGACGUGAUUAAGACAUUUAAGCAUGUUAGCCCCCAGACGGCAUCCCUAGCCGCAUCCUCAGAGCAUGCGCAGACCAGCUGGCUGGUGUGUUUACGGACAUAUUCAAUCUCUCCCUUUCCCAGUCUGCUCUUCCCACAUGCUUCAAGAUGGCCACCAUUGUUCCUGUACCCAAGAAAGCAAAGGUAACUGAACUAAAUGACUAUCGCCCUGUAGUACUCACCUCUGUCAUCAUGAAGUGCUUUGAGAGACUAGUCAAGGAUCAUAUCACCUCUACCUUACCUGUCACCCUAGACCCACUCCAAUUUGCAUGAUGCACAAAUGAUGCAAUCGCCAUCACACUGCACACUGCCCUAUCCCAUCUGGACAAGAGGAAUACCUAUGUAAGAAUGCUGUUCAUUGACUAUAGCUCAGCAUUCAAGACCAUAGUACCCUCCAAGCUCAUCAUUAAGCUUGAGGCCCUGGGUCUGAACCCCGCCCUGUGAAACUGGGUCCUGGACUUCCUGAUGGGAUGCCCCCAGGUGUUGAAGGUAGGAAACAACAUCUCCACUUCGCUGAUCCUCAACACUGGGGCCCCACAAGGGUGCGUGCUCAGCCCCCUCCUGUACUCCCUGUUCACCCAUGACUGCGUGGCCAAGCACGCCUCCAACUCAAUCAUCAAGUUUGCAGACGACACAACAGUCGUAGGCUUGAUUACCAACAAUGAAGAGACCGCCUACAGGGAGGAGGUGAGGGCUCUGGGAGUGUGGAAAAUAACAUCUCACUCAACAUUAACAAAACAAAGGAGAUGAUCGUGGACUUCAGGAAACAGCAGAGGGUGCACCCCUCUAUCCUCACCAACGGGACCGCAGUGGAGAAAGUGGAAAGCUUCAAGUUCCUUGGCGUACCCAUCACCGACAAACUGAAAUGGUCCACCCACGCAGACAGUGUGGUGAAGAAGCAGCUGUACACUCACUACUUUACAUUGUAGCGAAGUGUCAUUUCUUCAGUGUUGUCACAUGAAAAUAUAUACUCAAAUAUUUACAAAAAUGUGAGGGGUGUACUCACUUUUGUGAGAUACUGUAUGUAUAUACUGCAUUCUAUUCUAUAACAUUCUACUGUAUCUUAGUCCAUGCCGCUCUGUCAUUGCUUGUCCAUAUAUGUAUAUAUUCUUAAAUCCCAUUCCUUACUAGUUUUGUGUGUAUUGGGUAUAUGUUGUGAAAUUGUUAGAUAUUACUUGUUAGAUAUUACUGCACUGUCGGAGCUAGAAGCACAAACAUUUCGCCACACCCGCUAUAACAUCUGCUAAACAUGUGUAUGUGACAAAUACAAUUUGAUUUGAUUUAACUAUGUUUCAGUUGGCUCACAUUGACGAAGGGAAAUGAAUGAGGGCGGAUGGAAGGGAAGAGGGAACAUCUUCCUACAAUGAAACGCAACCCAUGGGCAGAUCUCAAUUCUAUUUCAUUGAUUCCUUGUGUCCUCUCUCUCCCAGGAGAAGAACAUUGGAUCUUCUCCUCCAAUAUGUUUUGAGAAGGAGGCGAGGAUCAAGGAAAGACAAUUGGGUUUCACCCAGUGCCUCCUUCCGUGUAUCAUCUUUAUGAUAGGAGGAUCACAUUGCCAUCUGGUGGUGUAGUUUGGGUCGUACACACAGCUGACCUUUAAGUCUUGGCUUUGCAGCAGAAUCAUAUAUCCAUAAAAACCUCCAACAUUUCAUAAGGAAUAGGAUACUACAUAUAAAUAACACAAUAUACACAAUAGAACAUUUUACCCUUAUUGUGUUAUGUUUCUCUUUUAUUUCAUAGUUUUUUUAUACUCUACUGUGUUGCGGUUUUUAAAUGCACUGUAAAGUUUGAUUUGAUUUGAGUUGAUUUGGACCACACAUUGCACACAAUGCCUUGCCUGCCCAUUGAUUUCUUUAUGCUUCUCUCUCUCUCUCUCUCUCUAGAAUCAUGAGUUUAUUAACGAGCAGACGGUUGAGACCAACAGUAUAGAUAUAACCAUGGUGAACACGUCUGGUUCUUACACCUCGUCCCUGUCGUCGUUUCCCCACGGCCUGUCAUCCUGUUGCUCCAGACGACACAGGAAGAAGAGCUUCAGUCCGCCCAACUCUAACAACCAGGAGCGAUCCACCAUCCAGAUCAGAGAGAGGCCUGUGGCCAACAGGUAGUCUCACAUACAGAUACACGUACAUACGCACACACGCAGGCAUGCAUGCAUGUGUGCACAUGUAUGAAUGCUCACAUGCAUACACAAACACACUCACACAGCAAAUGGACACACAAACACACAAUCAUAAACACUCAAAUGCACGAACACACACACUUGCAUGCACGCGCCCACACACACACACACCUCACCGUCUUCCUCUCUCUACUCUCCCCUACAGUCGCUGCAGCCUGAACGCCAAACUAGACUCUGA